GUUCCAAUAGAUUUUGUGGAAUGGAUUCCAUACGAACAAUUUAAAAGAGUAAAGUUGAUUGGUUCGGGUGGAUUUGGAAUUAUUUAUAGUGCAUUUUGGAAUGAGGGACCAAUCUCUAUGCGAGCAGAUAAGUUUGAAAGAACGGGGGAAUUCAGUGAUGGUAUGACUUAUAUUUCUGACUUUGGAUUAUCAGAUUCUUAUGAUCCUGAAAAUUCUACUACUAGUAAAUGUUAUGGUAUAAUCCAGUUCAUUGCUCCAGAACUUCUUAAAGAUGGAAUUUAUAGCCCUGAAACGGAUGUAUAUAGCUUUGGAAUUAUCAUGUGGAUGCUAUCUUCUGGAAUUAUGCCAAACCAUAGUUAUGGCCAUGAUAAUAUGGAAUCACGACCUCGAAUAAUUGAUGGAACACCUCAUUGCUUUGAAGAAUUGAUGAAACACAAACUUCAAAAUGUUCAAGAAAUUGAAUGUACUAACCCUUUGGAUAAUAAUAAUAGUGGAAUAAAUCAAACAUUGGUAUCAAACAAUAAUCAAGAUUCAAAUGUAGAGAGUUUGGUAAUUGAUGAAAAUAUGUAA